AUGCUCCAAGUCGGCGCUGGCAGCACUUUCUCCCUCUCCCGGGAAACGCUGGGAGCCUGUGGAAAAACUAAGGGAUGCUUCAGGUAUGGUAAACCUGGAUGUAAUGCAGAGACUUGUGACUAUUUUCUAAGUUACCGUAGAAUAGGAGCUGAUGUUGAAUUUGAGUUGAGUGCCGACACUGAUGGCUGGGUGGCAGUUGGAUUUUCUUCAGACAAGAAAAUGGGUGGAGAUGAUGUCAUGGCUUGUGUUCAUGAUGAUAACGGAAGAGUUCGAAUCCAGCACUUCUAUAAUGUUGGUCAGUGGGCUAAAGAAAUCCAGAGAAAUCCUGCUAGAGAUGAAGAAGGGGUCUUUGAAAAUAAUCGUGUAACAUGUCGAUUCAAGCGUCCUGUAAAUGUUCCCCGAGAGGAAACUAUUGUAGAUCUGCACUUAAGUUGGUACUACCUGUUUGCCUGGGGUCCAGCAAUUCAGGGUUCUAUAACUCGGCAUGACAUAGACUCACCACCUGUAUCAGAGCGUGUUGUCAGUAUUUACAAGUACGAAGAUAUUUUCAUGCCAUCAGCUGCCUAUCAAACCUUCUCUUCUCCCUUCUGCCUGCUCCUUAUUGUUGCACUGACCUUCUAUUUAUUGAUGGGAACCCCCUGACUGCUGGAAAAGAGCAAGAAUUUGUCAGUGGAAGUUUCUCAGGAUGGAUGGAUAGAUGGAUGGAUGAUGCACUUUUAUAUUGGAAUUUAUAUCACACCACCAUCAUCAUCUAGCUGCUUUUGAACAUAGCUAGCUUCUCUGGAGAAGGAAGUAACAUCUCCAUCGAGUGGCAGAGUGGUGACAAAUCAUUUAAGAAAAAUCAGUGAACAAAUAGCAGAUUUUUUCAAUGUUAUGACUACUUGCUUAAAGAAAAGAAGACUUUUGUAAAAUCUGUGUGUGUAUGUGUGUUUGUGGGGGUGUCUGUGUGUG